CAGCAAUAACAUUUACACGCCAACCCACACGCAACCCCCCCAUUCUCUCUCUCUCUCUCUCUCUCCUCUCUCUGAUCAUCUUCUUCUCCCUCUCUUCUUCUCCGACACAAUCAGAGCUCCUCAACUUCUCUCUCUCCGCGUUUUCCCUUUCCUGAAGAAGGUUCUUUCUCUUUGCGCGUGUCCCGUUCUCUUCUCCAAUCCUCCACACACACAUUGGCAAAAGCCUAAAACCCACUUGUCUACCUAAACCUCCAAAUUUACCUAUUACUAUCUACGCAUCAAACAAAUACAAAACCACCCAAAUGGAGGUUAAGCUAUGGAACGACAAGCGCGAGAGAGAAAUGUACGAGAACUUUGCCGAGCUAUAUGCCAUUAUUAAGGCCACUGAGAAGCUUGAGAAGGCCUAUGUUCGAGACAUAAUCUCCUCGGCCGAGUACGAAACCGAGUGCAUAAAACACAUUGCCCACUUCAAGACCUUAGCUUCCACACUCAAAGACACCAUCCCAAGCAUAGAGCGCUUUGCAGACACUUAUAAAAUGGACUGCCCGGCUGCGAUAAACCGCCUGGUGACUUCCGGGGUGCCUGCCACGGUGGAGCACAGGGCUUCUGUGGCGGCUGCGGCAACAACCUCAGCCGCCACAGUGGCAGAGUGCACGCAGAAUUUCAUCACGGCCAUGGACACUUUGAAGCUCAACAUGGUUGCAACAGAUCAGGUUCACCCCGUGCUGUCCGACAUCUUGAAUUCGCUCAACAAGCUGAGCUUUUUGCCUCCUGAUUUCACGGGGAAGGUGAAACUGAAGGAGUGGAUGGGAAGGCUGUCAAAGAUGGGGGCGGCGGAUGAGUUGACGGAGCAGCAGUCUCGGCAGCUUCAAUUUGAUCUCGAGUCAUCUUACAAUUCGUUUAUGGCAGCUUUGCCUAAUGCUGGCACUUGAUUGAUUUGUUCAAGUGUAAAUAAGUGGACAUCGACAUGAUGUUUUGCUUUUGGGGGAUUCGACAUAUAGUGUCUUUGUUAGUUGUAGGUACUUGGUUGGAACUCGGUGAUUACUUGGGAUGCGUUUACUAAUUUUGUGAUCCCUGUACACUUUUAAGGAUGUAUGAUCGUAGUAUUGAUGCUUUAUGGAGUCAUGGAAGAUAUGAUUUUCAUGUUAUAAUAUGGAAGUUCUUUCUUGAUUCUUAAUGGAUAUAUGUUCUUUUUCAGUUUU